AUGACUGGGUUCAGCUUCCCCUACUGGUUGGAGAAAGGGCUGCCCACUGCAGCACUGGGCUACAGGAUGUGGAGAUGUCUUUGCCCCGGAGAACGCCUCCUUCAGGCCAGAGAUGCCUUCUCUGCUAUUUCCGAGUUCUUCCAACUGGUCCUGGAUGAUCAGAACUCCUUAAACCCGACAGCUGCUGAUCUUCUUCGGCUCCUGGAGGUGGCUCAAAGAGCCUCAGAGGCCUUACUUCGGAACCUGAAGGAUGCCUUGAUCAUCCUGGGAUACCAGCCUCCGCCGACCCAGCCAGAGUCACUGAGCUGGGCCCAGACAGAUGACAAUGCCUUCAAGAAGAAGGUAAGGGGCUAUGUGCUGUGCAGAGAGUACAGGGACUGGUUGACCAGGCUUCCCGAAGACAUGAAGAUACUGAGAGCAACAUGGAGGCUCAAAGACAGCUCUGGGCAGGAGAAAAAAGACUGCUGUAGGUCUUAA